CCUGCUCUCCUCCAACAUGGACCAGUGUUUGGCCCUGACGUCAGCCGUUACCGCCCUGCCUGCCUGCAGUAUCGGUGCCUACAGAUGAUGCGGACGGGAGAAGCGGCCUCGACAUGGAUCCCACACGACGGAGGAAUUAAGGCGCACGGAGAGUGGGACAAGUAUUAAAAAAAAAAAAAAACUUUUAGAUGGGGACACCGAAACGUGCACCUUUCACAUCUGGCCCACGAAGUGAUGCUCCGAGGCGGACAAACGCGAGGCAGCCGCGGGCUGUGCCGCUCUGGUCGGGGUGUUCCUCAGUUUGGCAGAGCUCCUGCCAGCGCGCCCUCCGUGGAGGCGAUUUAGGGGAAGACAUCAUUGGGUAAAUAUCACCAACUGCUCCGUUUUUAACAUCACCGUGGAUGUGAUGACCAGGGGUGAAGAAAUUCCUUUUUAAAGGGUGGAGCUGCGGUUUCUUUAAUAAAUGAUGAGGGAUUUCGCGUGUCACUCUCAGCCUAAUUGCGAAAGGUCGAUUUGAUGUUCAUGUCUGACGGACACUGAUACUCAACAUCACACAUCGCCUUGUUUUUGUGUCUGAACAAUGACACGGGUGAUGUUAUGUCACCGGACCGAGCGCUAGAGAUGAUGGCUGCCGGCUGGUGCGGGACUACUCCACGCAUUCACGUGAAGCGCCCUGAUAGCGGCUCUCUAUGGAGGCUGUUUAUGCAAUCAUACGCAGUGUUGCAAGUGGGCUGAUUUCAUACUCCACUGUCUCCAUAUGAUGCCCAGAACUGCCAGCCCUUUUUUGUUUCUGUGAAAUAUGCUCGGGCCUUCUGUAAAACACCAGAAAGUGAAGUAGCUGUCACUACAUUGGGAUAAGGUGAUGCUCUGAAAGAGGGGGGGGGGGGCCCUUUCUGGAAUUAAGACGUAAAAAAAAGCGAGGAAAGCCAUCAGACUGACCAUGUCGAAAGUUGUCAGUAACAAGGAGAAGAAAUCCUUUAGUAAAAAACUCUUCCGGAGAAGCUCUGUCCGCUCCGUUGGGAGCUUUAUGAACAGAGUUCUCCGGACUCUGUCGACUCUGUCUCAUUUCGGUACCGACGAGCAGGCCGCCGAGGAUGACAAGGACGACGCAACAGUGAUCCCGACCACCACCGGAGGGUCAGUGCCGUCCGACGAUAGCGACUGCGGGGGUUUCCCUUUCGGGGACAAGGUGCCGGGUGUCGCCGGACUCAAGAACCACGGCAACACCUGCUUCAUGAACGCUAUCUUGCAGUGCCUGAGCAACACGGAGCUCUUUGCCGAGUACCUGGCUUUGGAGCAGUUUAAAGGGGCAGAGACGACCAGCAGUAACGACAAGUCCAAGUCCAACGGGCUGCUGGUGCAGAAGAAGGGCAGCCAGCAGGAGGCAGGGGAGGUGACUGAGCAGCUGUCCGGUCUGGUUCGGGCUCUGUGGACCUUCGAGUACACACCUCAGCACAGCAGAGACUUCAAGAAUGUGGUUUCCAAGAGCGCGCUUCAGUUCAAGGGUAACUCCCAGCACGAUGCCCAGGAGUUUCUUCUCUGGUUGCUGGAUAGAGUUCACGAGGACCUCAACCAUAUCAUCCACCCUGACAUCAGACCCCCCAGGAAGCCUCCGGGAGAAGAGGAAAAUGCCCCUGAAGGAUCUCCACUACCAGCACCUGGAUCUUUUGUACAAGAGUUGUUUCAGGCACAAUACAGGUCCUCUCUGACCUGCCCUCACUGCCAGAAACAGAGCAACACCUUUGAUCCUUUCCUCUGCAUCUCACUGCCAAUUCCGGUACCUCACACACGGCCCCUGUAUGUGACAGUUGUGUACCAAGGAAAGUGCUCCCACUGCAUGAGAGUUGGGGUGGCGGUGCCGCUUUCUGGCACCGUGUCCAGGCUGAGACAAGCUGUGGCCCAAGAGACCAAAAUCCCUGCCCAACAGAUCGUCCUCACUGAAAUGUACUUUGACGGCUUUCACCGUUCCUUCUGCGACGACGACGACGAUCUUGAGAUCAUUCAGGAGAGCGACUCCAUCUUUGCCUUUGAGACACCUGAGCUAUUCAGACCGGAGCAGAUCCGCUCCAAGCGAAGUGGGAGCCCACAUGCAAAUCUCAACCAGAACAACCUGAAGUAUGCCACAGAUAUUAAUAGGAUAUCCACACAAAUACAAGAGCCGACGACCCCACCACCAAGUCCCAAUAAGAAUAGUGGACAGGCUGAGAAGAUCGUCCUGCUGGUGUGUAACAGAGCCUGCGCUGGACAGCAAGGACGCAGGUUUGGUAAUCCAUUCAUUCUGUAUUUGGAGCGUACAGUAACAUGGGAUGUACUUCAGAAAGAGAUCUUGGAGAAGAUGCGGCAUCUUUUGCGCCCUGGAGUCUUUGUGCAGGUAGGGCCCUUCACUUUGCGAGUGGUAGGAGUGGUUGGAAUCACAUACCUCUUGCCCCAGGAGGAGCAGCCGCUCUGCCAUCCCUCUGUGGAGAGGGCAUACAAGUCUUGCGGUCCUGGAGGGCCUCCUCAUGUCAAAAUUGUCGUUGAAUGGGACAAGGAGACAAAAGACUAUCUGUUCAAAAGGACUGAGGAUGAAUAUAUCCCAGAUGCUGAAAGCGUGCGUCAAGUAAAGGAGCAGCACCUGCAGCCUCAGACCUGCUCACUUGCCCAGUGCUUUCAACUCUACACCAAAGAGGAACAGCUUGCUCCUGAUGAUGCAUGGCGUUGUCCCCACUGUAAGCAGCUUCAGCAGGGCAGCAUCAAGCUCAGUCUGUGGACCCUGCCAGACAUCCUCAUACUUCACCUGAAACGCUUUAGACAGGAUGGGGAUCGACGAAUGAAGAUGCAGAACAUGGUUAAGUUCCCGCUCACAGGCAUGGACAUGGCACCUCAUAUGGUAAAGAGGAGCCAGAGCAGCUGGAGUCUCCCCUCCCACUGGUCACCGUGGAGACGGCCUUAUGGGAUGGGCCGUGAUCCAGAGGACUACCUUUAUGACCUUUAUGCAGUGUGUAACCAUCAUGGGACCAUGCAGGGGGGACAUUACACAGCUCACUGUAAGAACUCUAUAGAUGGACAGUGGUAUUGCUUUGAUGAUAGUGAUGUUCAGCCCAUACCUGAAGAUGAGGUCUGCAAGCAGACCGGUUACAUCUUGUUUUAUCAAAGACGUGCCACAAUUCCAUCUUGGUCUGCCAACAGCUCUGUGGGAGGAUCCACCAGUUCCUCUUUGUGUGAGCACUGGAUCAGUAGGCUGAUGGGCAGCCGUCCACCUAGCCAAGCCUCGUCUGGUUCCUCCAGACGUACCUCACUGGCCUCCCUCUCUGAGUCUGCUGAGUUUGCCGGUGAAAGGAGCGAGGACGAUGCAGGCUUAUCGAGCCGGCCAGCAGUAAGAGGCAUGCAAAGACAAACAUUCUCCUCAAGGUCUUCCAUUGCCAGCCCACUGGUGCUCAGUGAAAAUGUCACUAAACCACCCUGGUCCCACUCUGCUAAACUCCAACUCCGUUCCAACUCUCCCUCACGCUUCUCCCUGGAAUCCCACUCCUCCUCCACCACACUGGAGAGGAUAGGAGAGGUGGUUGAUACCAAGCUGUCAGCCUCCUGCUGCACUGGGUCACCUAAACCAGACAGAGCUUCAGGGGGCAAGUCGACCCUUGCAGCUUUGGAUAGUAAUCCAGGCAGUAAGAGGCUGAUAGAGCAGGUUCACUCCAAGGCUGUGGCACAGGCUGAGCAGAGGAGCUCCACCCAGGCUGGGGAUAACAACAAUGUAGUCACUGCAGCUGAACCGCUCAGUCCUCGACAUGGGGCAACUGCAAAGGACCCGAAACAAAGAAAUGGGGCUGCAGAUAGCAGCAGUGUUAAAAGGACCUCAGCGAGUCCCAAGAAACGCCCUGCCACCUCCUCAACAUCAUCCAGCUCUCUGUCUCCCGCAUCCCCAGCUGUUGACAAGUUACCAUCUCGAACACAGACUAAGACAGGAGCCUCAGCAUCAAACCCCAAGGACAAAAGCGAUGGGCUGCCUAAAACUAGCAAGGCUGGUUCUUCCAGAACUGCAACCCCCUGCAAGAAAGGCUCAUCCCAAGGCUCGGAGGUAUUACAUCCUGACUCUGGCCAACAGAAGAAGAGCGGUUCACCAGGAUUACAAAGCUCACACCCUCAGAGAAGGACAUCACCCAAAGGGGGAGGCGAGAAAAGCUUAGCCUCAGGAAGGACUAAAGCAGCAGACAGGAGCACUAGCCGGGAAUCCUCACGGACUACCGUGGUGUCAGAGAAGAAGGUUAACCAAGGAGGGCCUCCCUCCAGGUCGAGUGCUGCUAGUAGAGCAGAGGGCAGGCCGGGCCGUGCUGUGGAGAACAGGACGGCAGGCCGGAGCUCAAGCAGUAGCUCCUCCAUGGCUAGUCUCCGAUCCUCAAGUGUGGGUGGUUACUCUGCAAGCGCAGCCCCGCCAUCAAGAGGACCUCGUAGGAACAGUAAGACAGAAGACAAAGGUUUAUCCUUCUUCAAAACUGCUCUGAGGCCCAAAGAGACCCGUAAAUCAGCUGAUGGUGGGAAACCAGGGGCGGGAGAGGCCAACGGGAGUCCAGAGGAUGGUGGUGGCGAUGUAGCUAGAGAAGGAAUCCCAAACGGUGCGAGCAAGAAAGCCCAGAAUGUGGCAUCAGAGGUCCAGACCAAUGGGACCACAGCCAAAGACAAGGAACCCUCUAAGGUGUCCGCUGCAGCUAAGCAUUCACUGCUGCCCUCCACAAGGUCCAAGCUUCCUGGAGCGGAAACAACCGGCAAGUCCGCUACCAAUGCAAAAGAGCCUUCAAAGAAAGAGCCUGCUAAAAAGACGAUGCAGUCCAGGAAGAUCCCCAUCAGCUCUACACAAACUAGCCACAGGGCCAAGUGACUUUCUUUUAAAGACCUGAUAACAAUCUCUAGUGCAGCUCUGAAGUGUUUUAACCAUCAAACUAACAUCUAUAAAGCACUCGUAGCUCUUCAGUGGUUACUGAAUACCAGCUGCCAUACUGGACACCUACGGUCCACGUUGUUAAAUAGUUAUUAAGGAAUGGAUUUUAACAAAGCACUUUGUAUGGAUUGCAUUGAUUUUAAGGAAUAUUAUACUGUAUUGUAAAUAAGCAUGGACCGCACAUGUAUUGCAAUGAUUGCUUUGUUCUGUCUGUAGCAUACUGUAGUUGGGAGAAGUGCAUCUCAGUAGGAGGUGAAAAGUAAAAGUAACUUUGCACAAUGUGGAAAGCAGAUGUAAUAGUGGGAAGAAACUUUUGAAAUACAUCAAACACAGACUUCUUAGUCGCCAAAGGAAGUUUACUGGCAAUUCUUAACACAACAAGAUUUCCAAAAAUCUUUAUGUACAGCUCUCCGUCAAUAUUGAGAGCCAUAUGUAGACAAACAUCAGUGCCUCAGAUAAUCAAAGUGAAGUAUUUAAUCUCAAUUGUAUACCUGCAGCUGUUGGUAAAUUUAUAACUCAAUUUUAAUAUGAAUUAAUAUUAAGCAUUGAAAAUGUAAUUUCAAGUUGAACACAAUUAAGCCUAUUUAACCUGAAGCGCUGUUUACAUUUGCCCGUUGAUGUAGUAAUUGUGCGACAGCCUUUAAGAAGGAUAUUUUGUGCAGGCAGAAUGGAGAUGUUAGAAGGGGAAGAAAGAGCAGGGAUGAAGCAUGUGUCGUUGGUGUUAAAUGUCUGGAGACGUGAGUUUGUGAUGGUUCUUAAAUGUUUGUAUUUUAUUUACCAGUAACGACCUGUUACUCCUCAGACAACCUCCCACCCGUCGCCACCUCUGCCCUCCAGCUGCUGAUGCCAACACUUAAACUGCGGUGCCCAUGUUCGUCAUGGGGAUCAGCCUCUUUAGACUGCCAGACAUCUCCAAACAUUCCUCUCAGAUGAACACAGGGUUAAUGUAAAAAGCCACCAUACUCACACAUAUUCAAAGACAGACGGGAUGCCUUCGUUGAACACACCUUACAUGUACAUAGAGCAUUAUGGUAUGUUUGAGUCAGGCCAUCUUCCGUCUUCAUGUGUGACUUCACAGCUUGUGCACCUCUUUAGCUUGCAUUGCAGAGUAGAUGAACACUGAACACACUGACAUAGACUGAAAAAAGAGAUUUUGACGUACUUAUGACAGUUGUUGCAUGAUAAAUUUGCUUAUGCAUGCACUUAACUAUGCAAGCAGAUUCUUGCUAAUGCCCACAAUGAGUAUGUAGAAGUGCUACUUUUGGAUGUGUAUAUAUUUCUAACUGUAUAUUUUUCCAAAUGCCAGCAUCAGAGAGCAUGAUAAGGCAUCCUUUAUUAAAGCUUUGUUUGCACAUUUCUUCAAAGUAAUAUACAUUUUGUAUGAAUGAUAAGUAUUGCUCAUUCACCCUCUUAAAGUAAAUUAACUUACUUGCAAAUGAAUGUUUUCUGCAUUGUAUUCAUUUGUCUCACAUUUUCCCUCACUAUUUCCUUUAGCAGCUUCUACAGAAGAGAUUUCAUUUGGCAAGAAAACAUUGCUGAAGUUUACAAGUUAGGCUAUAACCUUUAUUUAAAUGUAUAAUGGCACAGUUCCAACACUAGAAUUUCAUAUAAGAACUGAUGACCAGCUGGUCUGCUUCUCAAUACAUUGUUAUAAUAAUCUCAAAUAUUUUAUAAUGUUUUUAAUUCAAGUUAUACAAUGGAACCUCAAACCUAUCUCAAAAACUUACAACAAAAGACACAAGCUGUACAUGUCCUACAGUCAAAGAUUGCACUGGAAGGUACCAUUAACUGAGUUUGUAACAGUAGGCCCGACCAAAUACAAAUUUAAUACUUUAAAAUGUAAUAGUCAGCAUUAUAGAUUGACUGAAUGUCAGUCUCACAGUCAUGGAGGAGUGUUCAUCUGUAAACCACAAUCUACUUUAAUUUCUGGCACAUGGUGCAGAGUAAAGUAUUGUCUUUAGUGCCUGGUCCGGUGGCUACAGUGUGUCGAUACUGUGCUACAUCCAACACAUGCAGUAUAUAAACCAAUAAAUUGACAUAUGUAUGUCACAUGGACAUAAAUUUACGUCAUGCUGAAUAAAUGAUAGGAUGUAUAAAUAUGACAAAUUGCUGGGGGGAAUGAUUUAUUUUCACAAUUUUUUUUAUUAUUACAUUCAUAUUCUGUGAUAGAAUGUUAUAUUGACAUGUACUGUGUUCAUCUUUUUGUGGGGUAGCAGUGUAUGUUACCAUUGAUUUAACAAUGAAACAAAAUAAAAUCAUGUCAUUGAGUAA